AUGGAUCAGAUACAUGGAAUACACCAAGACAAAACCCGGCCACGGUCCGACGUUCCGCCCAUCAAUAUCGACACCUCCGUGGCCGGCGGCAGUCAGCCCGCAGGGGCUGAACCACGCACGGCAUCGAUCCAGCCCAACCCAGGAGACGAGGCCCUCUUCAAUAUAGAAAACAACCCCUUCACUCUAACCCCCGGCCAUCUCACCAAGUUAAUCGAUCCCAAGUCCAUCACCGUCCUGCACCAGCUGGGCGGCUUACGGGGGCUCGAGACCGGCCUACGAACAAACGUCCAAACCGGCCUCAGCGCCGACGAGACCACCCUUCACCCCUUGGCAUCGUCACAGCAGCCACAGCCCUCCAACCAAGCAGCACCAGACAGAUUACCCCUGCCCGUACCCGGCCACAACAAACAAGACGACAGCGACCAAUACGCCUCGCGCCGCCGCGUCUUCGGGGUCAACCGCCUCCCCGAGCGGCAGUCCAAAUCCUUCCUCAAACUGGCAUGGAUCGCCCUGCAGGACCGCGUGCUGAUCCUGCUCAGCGUGGCGGCCGCCAUCUCGCUGGCGCUGGGUCUUUAUCAGACCUUUUCGGGCCACCACAAGGAGGAGGAAGGCCAGGCGCGAGUCGAGUGGAUCGAGGGCGUAGCCAUCAUCGUUGCCGUCCUUGUCGUGGUCAUUGUCGGGGCGCUGAACGACUGGCAAAAGGAGCGGCAGUUUCGCCGGCUGAGCAAGAAGAAGGAGGACCGAUGCGUGACGGUGGUGAGGGCGCGCAAGGCGGAACGUGUGUCGGUGUACGAUGUGCUCGUCGGGGAUGUCAUGGUGCUGGAGCAGGGGGAUGUGAUUCCCGUGGAUGGAGUGUUGAUUGAGGGGCAUAAUGUCAGUUGUGACGAGUCGUCGUCGACGGGCGAGUCGGACGUGGUGAAAAAAGUAUCCGCCGAGGGGGUCCCGCAAGCACUGACGCGGGAGGCUGAGACGGCCAAGAAGGACCCUUUCUUACUCUCUGGCGCCAGGGUGUUGGAAGGAGUGGGUAAGUUUCUUGUGACGGCGGUUGGGCCGCACUCGAGCCUGGGGAGGACCAUGAUGGCGCUUCGCGACGACCCGGGCAUGACGCCACUGCAGGCGAGGUUGAAUGUCCUUGCUGAUCCGGCAGGAUACAUCGCGAAGCUGGGUAGCGCGGCGGGAUUGCUUCUCUUCACGGUGUUAUUGAUCGAAUUUCUCGCCAGACUUCCAGGCAAUCCAGCCAGCAGCGAGGAAAAGGGCCAGAAUUUUCUCAGGAUCCUCAUCACAUCCAUCACCAUCAUCGUGGUGGCCGUCCCUGAAGGUUUACCCCUGGCCGUGACGCUCUCCCUCGCCUUCGCCACCAAGAAGAUGAUGAAAGAAAAUAAUCUCGUGCGGCACCUGCAGUCUUGCGAGACGAUGGGAAACGCGACCGUCAUUUGCUCGGACAAGACAGGGACCCUGACAGAGAAUGUCAUGACAGUCGUUGGCGGCAGUCUCGGUACCGGGGAGGUUACGUUCGGCGACAGAAACUUCACCCCGGCGCCAGACAGCACCGGAAUAUCAGACGCGGCGAAAGACCCGGAGGACGAGGAAGGAUGUACAGCUGGCCCAAAACAACUCCCAACAGCCAGCCUCGCAUCGGCUCUCCAUUUCGAAUUCCAAGCGCUCAUCAAGGAAUCCAUCGCAUUCAACACGACAGCCUUUGAGGGUGAAGAAAACGGCAAGCCGGUAUUCAUCGGCACCAAGACCGAAACUGCACUCCUCGACUGGGCCAGGCGAACGCUCAAUCUCGGGACUCUGGCGAGCGAACGAGCCAAGUCCCCCCUCGUGCAGUUAUUCCCUUUUCACUCGCAGCGAAAAUACAUGGGCUCGGUCAUCCACCUGCCAGGCAAAUACCGCCUGCUCGUCAAGGGCGCACCGGAGGUGGUGCUGGAGCAGUGCAGCAGCGUUGUCGCCGAUCCGACGGCGGCGCUCACUACAUCGGAGCUCCAGAAGUCAGCCAAGGCGCGCAUCUCCAAGACGAUUUCGCGGUACGCAUCGCUGUCGCUCCGCACGUUGGCCCUGGCGUACCGAGAUGUCGACUACUGGCCUCCAGAAGGCGCUGCCGGGAGUGCUGAGUCUGACCAGGUCGAGCCCGCCGACGUAUUCCGCGACAUGAUUUGGAUCGCUGUGGUCGGCAUUCAAGACCCGGUCCGUGAGCAUGUACCGGCCGCAGUGCGCGACUGUCGGCGCGCGCAAGUGGCCGUCAAGAUGGUGACGGGCGACAAGGUGGAAACGGCGCGGGCCGUUGCUCGGGAGUGCGGCAUCGUCACGGAUGAGGGUGGCCAUGUGAUGGAGGGCGUCGAAUUUCGCCGCCUUAGCGAGGAGCAACGGCGUGCCCGGGUCCGGGACCUUCAGGUGCUGGCUAGGUCGAGCCCCGAGGACAAGCGUGUGCUCGUCGAAUCUCUGCGCGCAUUGGGCGAGGUUGUGGCCGUAACGGGCGAUGGGACCAACGACGCGCCGGCGCUGAAGGCGGCCGACGUAGGCUUCUCGAUGGGCGUCAUGGGCACCGAGGUAGCCAAAGAAGCGUCCGACAUCAUCCUCAUGGACGACAACUUCUCGUCAAUCGUCAAGGCGCUUGCCUGGGGACGGGCCAUCAACGACGCGGUCAAGAAGUUCCUGCAGUUCCAGAUUACGGUCAACAUCACGGCCGUGUUCCUGACGUUUAUCUCGGCCGUGGCGAGCAGCGACGAGCGGUCGGUACUCAACGCGAUCCAGCUCCUCUGGGUCAACCUAAUCAUGGACACGUUCGCGGCGCUCGCGCUCGCCACCGACCCGCCCAACGGAAGCCUGCUCGACCGAGCACCAGAGCCCAGGACGGCGCCGCUCAUCACUUUGACUAUGUGGAAGAUGAUCCUAGGCCAAUCCGUGUAUCAGCUCGCCGUCGGGCUGACGCUGCAUUUCGCGGGCCCGUCCUUCCUCCCUUACCCGGAGCCGGAGCUGCGGACGCUCGUGUUUAACACGUUCGUCUUCAUGCAGAUCUUCAAACUCAUCAACAGCCGGCGCAUCGAUAACAAGCUCAACAUUUUUGAGGGUCUGCACCGGAACCAUUUGUUCAUCUUAAUGAUAACCAUCAUGAGCGCGGGGCAGCUGCUGAUUAUCUUUCUGGGCGGCGACGCUUUCGUGGUGGUCCGCUUGAACGGCGCGCAAUGGGCCAUCUCGCUCGUGCUCGGGCUCAUGUCGAUCCCAGUGGGCAUUCUGAUCCGCCUGAUUCCCGACGACUGGGUCCGAGCAUGUGUGCGCUGGCUGCCGAGGCUCCCACAAUGGCGGCGAAAACGCGUCAGGGUGCCGGAUGAGGAGAUUGAUGUCAGAGCAGAUGCUGCGGCCGGCCGAGACUUUGGGGACGCCUUGAUCACGGUGCGAGAUGAUCUCGCGUUUUUGAAACGGGUGCGAGGGGGACGCAUAGUGGCAUUGAAUGAGGCGAUUGCGAUUCGCCCGAGUGUCAGUGAGCGGCGGGUCGGGCAGACCAGAAGGUCCAAGUCUCCCAUGCAGUCGGCGGUCGGCAUGCCGGGUCUUCUGGCUGCGAGCAUCGCCGCGUCGCCAGUCGCAAGACUGCCUUCCUCGCCAAGUCCUCUCAGUAGGGAGCAAAGCGGGGGUUGAUGGAUAUCUAGUGGUCAGGCUCUGCUGUCGAAACGGUGUCUGACGGUUUCAGCCAUCGAUAUUUCCCCCAAGCACUGGCAACUCCAAUGUCGGCACACUUGCCCCUCCUCAUGUUGGCAACUAUGUCCGGUAUGCGGUCAGCUCUGCAUUUAAUCCCCAAGGCAAAGGGAAAGGGAACACAUGGUCAAUGAUCGAAGUUCAUUGCUCUAAGAAAUCAACUGGGACGGUGUUAUGCAAUAAGAGAGAAAAAAGUGGACGCCGAUUUGAGCCACAGCAUGGGAUCACCGCGUCAUCCCUACACGUGCGUAGGCCGUACAUGAGAAGACGGACGGCGAACAUUGAGGCUCCAAAUGACUUGUAUUCAAACCCGCA